AUGCAGAUUCCACUGCAACAUGUUUUAUGCAUAAAAUUUCAAAGUAUCAAUCUAUCCGAUCAAAGUUUUUUCAAAAAAAGUGAUUUGUUAACAAAAUCUUCACUUAUGCAAAUAUUUUUAUUCAAAAAGAAUUUGUAUAUUUUAAAGAAUGCUCAAUUCACAAUAGCUGUUAGCAGUUUCUAUACAUCUCCAGAUGAAGUUUGUGCAUUACGUGAUCAACAACAUGAACAGCAAAACCAAUGGUUAGAUGAAUUAAUCGAUUUGAAAUUGUUUGUUGAUGCGUUUCAUUGUCAAUCGAGUCAGUCAUUACGCAAUUAUAAUACUAAUGGUCACGUGAAUCUCAACCUUUCAUUUCUAAAAGCUGAUGAAGGUGAGUGGCCAAAGUUGAAUUCUUCAAUAAUGUCCCUUGGAUAUUACUUCAUUAUAAGGCUUCCAGUCUUGCAAUGGAUAAUGCCAAUGAUGUCAAGAGCGCUAGCGGCUGUGGAAAGACGUCCGUUGAAAUGGAAAUGGUUAUCCGGAAAAGCUAAUAGAUAA